AUGGGUAGUAAAGUAUCAACUGCAAGAACAUUGGGUAAAUUACCCAUUAAAACGACUUUAGAGAGAUCUACUGUCAACCAGCUACCACCAAAGCAAUUGAAAGAACGAUUCAAUGGUCAACAAAACACAAACCCCGUAGAAAAUCAAACUCAACCUGAUGAUAACGUAAUGGACAAUAACCACAAUCUCAUUGGUAAAGAUGGACAUGACCCAGAUUUCAUCAAUGUUUUAAAUCAUCUUGGAAGAUCUAUGAAAGCUGUUGAUUCAAAUGAGAUAAAUAAUUCAGAAGCCGUCAACCAAUUAAAGAACAGAGAGAAGAUAUAUCAAGCAAAUAAGGAAAGAGAGGAUUUGAUAGAUCCUAAGAAACUUUCAACUAUCUUGAGUGAUUUGAAACGAUAUGAUGAACAAACCAUCUUAAGGGAAAACAACAUAACCUGGGGUAACGUAUUAAGACAUUUCAAAGUUGCUGAUACUUAUAAAGAGUUUAAAGAAACUAAAAAAGGAGAAGUUGGUCAUGAAGGUGUUAGGAAUUCCAGAACAUUACAAGAUUCUGAUUUCAAACAAGGACGACAAUCAGAUAUGAUUAAUCAAAGUGAAGAUGGGGGUAUUAGGGAUGACAUAAAUGAAGAACUCCAUAAAGACGGUAAGAAUCUAAAAAAUAGGAUCUCCAUUGAGUGA